AUGUGCUUAAGAGCUGAGAUAAACAUUGAAUCAGUUGUUGGUAAGCAUCGCAAACGUGAUAGACUAAAUGAUAAUUCGUUCCGGAUAUUCGACAAAGCUCCCUCAGUAAAAUAUACGGAUAUCAGCCGAUUCGGAUUUCCGUUUGGAGUCGUGGACGUUUCGCUGACGCAAGAGCGGUCUACACAACGACUUGGUGGAUCAACCGGGACUCAAGUUUCAACUCAAAUUCCCUCAUCCAUGAACAAAGCCUGCCUCAUCGACCUCAUUGACCUUGAAAAGAUGAAAAUUUUGGAUGGUCCUGGACGAUGUCGAGCCCAGAUGAUCGCGCAGCUUACGCGAUGGCUUGCAGAGGCCAACCGAUGUGUCACUUCGGUGUGUUUUUCCUCUAUCGUUGCAGACAAGACUGGUAGAAGUUUCCCGACUCCAGAGGGAUUCGUGGCUCUAGGAAGCGGGGAGGAGGAGAAGGAGGAGGAGGCGGAGAAGGAGGAGGAUGAGGAGGAAGAGGAAGGGAGGCGGAUCGUACAGCGUAAAAUAAGUGGACUUUUGGACAACACUAGAACUGUUUAG